CGGAUGGAUUUCGAAAGCGACAAAGCGGCGAGCCGGAGAGGGAGAGGAGGAGAGAGACACACAGCGAAUCAAUGAACAAAAAGAUAGCAUAAAGCCGCCUUUCGUUACCAAAAGAAUCCUCUCCACGCAAGGAUAUAAACGGGAGAACAUGGAGAGGAAAAGGUGGGAGUGCUCGGCUCUCCCCCAGGGCUGGAAAAGGGAAGAAGUGACCAGAAAGUCGGGUUUGUCAGCGGGCAAGAGCGAUGUCUAUUACUAUAGCCCCAGUGGAAAGAAGUUCCGGAGCAAGCCGCAGCUGGCCCGCUACCUUGGCAACUCCAUGGACCUGAGCUCCUUCGACUUCCGCACCGGCAAGAUGCUGAUGAGCAAACUGAACAAGAACCGGCAGCGCCUGCGCUACGACGCCAACAACCAGGCUAAGGGUAAACCCGAUCUGAACACGUCCCUCCCAGUCAGACAGACGGCCUCCAUCUUCAAACAGCCGGUUACCAAGGUGACGAACCAUCCCAGCAACAAGGUGAAGACGGACCCACAGAAAGCCAUCGACCAGCCCCGGCAGCUGUUCUGGGAGAAGAAGCUGAAUGGCCUCAACGCGUUCGACAUUGCAGAGGAGCUGGUGAAGACCAUGGAGCUGCCCAAGGGGCUGCAAGGUGUGGGCCCAGGCUGCACCGAUGAGACCCUCCUCUCUGCCAUCGCCAGUGCGCUCCACACCAGCACCGCGCCCAUCACGGGACAGCUCUCUGCCGCUGUGGAGAAGAACCCCGGCGUGUGGCUCAACACGACCCAGCCGCUCUGCAAGGCCUUCAUGGUGACCGACGAGGACAUCCGGAAACAGGAAGAGCUGGUGUACAACGUGCGGAAGAAGCUGGAGGAAGCACUAAUGGCGGACAUGCUGGCUCAUGUGGAAGAGGCAUCAUGUGAUGGGGACGCUGUGAAGGAAGAAGGGGACGAGACAGAGGAUAUGGAGGAUGUAUAGCAAAGGGCUGGAUCCCACCUCAGAAGUCGCACAAUAACAGAAAAACGACCCGGACAUCACCCCUCUAUCCUGCCCCACCUGGUCCACUGCACAUAGUCGCCCUUUUGGAGGGACCUUUGGGAAUCCUGAGCUCCAGGCAAAGCUCGCCGUGACGACAAAACACAAGACUCUCUUCGAAUUUGAAUUAUUAUUGUUAUGAAUAAUAUCUUUUUAUGUUUUUUAAAGAAAGUUAAAAUGCAACACCCACACAGAUCAGCAGGUUUCUGGACUUGCCGCUGGUAUUGAUUUUACUGUAGUGUUUCCUGUUGUGUUUUUUACAUGCUUGCUUUUUAUUGCUUUCACUAGAAAGUGUGAGGAAUGACGCACAAUGAUCAUUAAGAUGAUUUGUUUUACCUGUGAUGUUAAGACACACCCCCAGCUCCUUGUUUUAAUUGCGUAUUGGCAUCCUUGAAAUGAAUUUGAAUGAGGUGCCUGGAAGAUUGCCCUGCCGUGUCACUCCCCAAGCAAGCGCCUUACUUGAACCCAGAAUGUGGGUUUUAUUAUUUUAUAAUUUAAUUUUUUAAAUACACAGAAAAAUAACUUACAAGUUGCUGUGUUCUACCAGCGUUAUUAUAUGAGCUGCUCCACACCCCUGUCCGCUCUGCUGAUCGGCAGAGAGCUGACUGAGCCAGGGUGGGGAAAGUAGGCUUAAAAAUAAAGACUCUUUCUGACCCAUUGACUUGCUUGGUUGAGACCAUUCUGGCUUCUACUGUGAGCUCUGUGAGACACACUGGGUCAGAUUAACUUUGCUCCAGUGUUGGAAAACUUAAAUAACUCCAUGCUGGUCAUUUUAAUAUAUAUAUAUAUAUAUUUUUUUUUUCUUUGGUGCUUUCUUUUAACUGCACUGGUGUAAAGGCUCGGUCAGUCUGGCCCCAUUGUCUCUUCUGUAAAAGUUACUUUAUAUUUCAAAGCAGAUGUGCACUGUUUUUGUACGAGAAAAAUAUCUAAAUUGUGGGCUUAAUGAGAAGCACAGUGUUGACUGGGGAAGGCUGCUUUUGGUUUGCAGCGACACCUGGCAUGGCUCAGCCUGCUGUGUGUCUGGACAGUGUGACACCGCCCGGCUCCAGAGGGCUCUGCUCCUGUUGGCACUGGCAGCGGGGAUGGCACAGGUGCUGUAGCUGUGCCAGUCACUGCCCCAUCCUGCUUACGAACUCUGUGCCCUGUUCCCCCUCCCUUCCCUUCCUCAUUCAUGCCCAAACAACUAAGCUAGGAACCAUUCCACCUCAGCAACCUGCUAUUGCUGAAUUUUGUAGUUAAAAUAUGGAUAUAAACUUUGAUAACAACU